UAUAUUAGUUAGGUUAAGUCUUAUGAAUGACUUUUCGGUUUUGUACUUGAGGCCUGUGUUCGUUGAAAGGACUAAAGGAAAAGUGCUACUGCCUGUGUGUAAAUAAUGUACGAUAACUCAACAGAACCGAGUCGAGGAAUGCCCACUUACUAACUAACGGCGCCGUUAGUUUUCGGGGCAAAACCAGCAGCGCCACUUUGACUUGUUUCUGUUCAACACCACCGCGCAGGAGAAUGCCGUGCAAUGCCCUCUGCAGCCCUCACCCACAGGAUCUCUCUCUGUUAUCGUCCCAUUGUCCAACGCUAACUUCUUUGGGGGUAACGUUAUAAGAAACUGGCACAGAGACCGGAACAAAUCUUUGAGUUUUCCUGUCAACCCCCAGAGGCCUUGUUUUGGUCGGUGGGAGCAUUGUAACUUCAGGGAGCUGCCACUUGCUAGUUUCUGCUAGCUUCUGCCUGUGCCUUAAAGUGUCUGCCUGAGCACGGAGGGCUUCACCGGGUCCCUGGCUCUCUCUCUCAGCGAUGGAGGGGACCAUGGAGCAGUGCCUGGAGCAGGUGAUGCAGAAGGACCUGGGCAAGAGGCUGCAGGUGGGCCAGGAGCUGAUAGAUAGCAUCCUGGAUGAGGAGAAGCUGCCUGACCUGGAGCAGGACCAGAGCGCGCUGGACAGGCUGGUGGACGCCGUGGCCAGCUCCUGGGUCAACUCCAGCAACUUCAAGGUGGUUCUGCUGGGUAUGGACAUCCUGUCCGCUCUGGUCACACGGCUGCAGGAGCGCUUCAGGACGCAGGUUGGAACCGUUCUGCCGAGCUUGAUCGAUCGGUUAGGAGACGCCAAGGACCAAGUCCGAGACCAGGACCAAGCGCUUUUACUCAAGAUUAUGGAUCAAGCUGCUAACCCACAGUAUGUUUGGGAGCGAAUUUUGGGAGGCUUCAAGCACAAGAACAACAGGACCAGGGAGGGACUCUGCCUCUGCCUCAUCGCCACCUUAAAUGUGUAUGGAUCUCAAAGCCUAACGCUCAGCAAAAUUGUGCCCCACAUAUGUAACCUCCUGGGAGAUCCCACAAGUCAGGUGCGAGAUGGGGCCAUGAACUGCCUUGUGGAGAUCUACCGUCACGUGGGAGAGAGGGUGAGGAUGGAUAUCGGAAAGAAGGGUCUGCCUCAGUCACGGUUGAAUGUCAUCUUCAGUAAAUUUGAUGAAGUCCAAAGAUCAGGGAACAUGGUCCUGUCACCAGUUUCAGAUAAAAACUUUGAGGACGAUGACUCAGUGGACGGCGGCCGCUCCUCGUCCUCGUCCAAAGCAGCCUCGGUGUCCGGGAGGAAGACAGUGAGCAUGGGUUCAUUUCGACGGCCCGGCUCCACCUCCAGCGCCAAGUCUGCAGGGAGAGAUGGACCGAGCGCCGGAGCCGUGGACGAGGAGGACUUCAUCCACGCCUUUGAGGAUGUUCCCACCGUGCAGAUUUACUCGAACAGGGAGGUGGAAGAAGCCAUGACGAAGAUUCGAGACGUGCUGUCAGAUGACAAGCGGGACUGGGAGCUUCGAGUGGCGGCUCUGAAGAAGGUGCGUUCGCUGCUGCUGGCGGGCGCAGUGGAGUUCGAUGGCUUCCCUCAGCAGCUGCGCCUCAUGGAGGCCGCGUUCAAACUCUCCGCCAAGGACCUCCGCUCUCAGGUGGUGAGAGAGGCCUGCAUCACUCUGGGCCACCUGUCGUCGGUGCUCGGCAGUCGCUUCGACCACGCAGCAGAGGCCAUCAUGCCGACGCUCCUCAGCUUGGUCCCUAACAGUGCCAAAGUCAUGGCCACGUCCGGCGUGGCCGCCAUCCGCCUCAUCCUCCGACACACACACUACCCACGUCUCAUCCCCAUCAUCACCAGCAAUUGUACCUCGAAGUCUGUGGCUGUCAGAAGGCGCUGCUAUGAAUUCCUGGACCUCUUGCUGCAGGAAUGGCAGACCAACUCUCUGGAAAGACAUGGGACUGUUUUAAUGGAGACGAUAAAGAAAGGGAUCCAUGAUGCAGACGCCGAGGCUCGCUCUGUAGCCAGGAAGUGUUACUGGAGUUUCCACGGCCACUUCAGCCGGGAGGCAGAGCAGCUAUACCAGAGCCUGGAGACGUCCUAUCAGAAAGCCCUGCAGGCCCACCUGAGGAGCGGAGACAGCCUCAUGUCGCUGCCCGCCUCCGACCGCUCCUCCUCCUCCUCCCAGGAGAGCCUCAACCGACCCCUGUCUGUAAAAAGCACUGCUGGAAGCAGCAUGAGCAGAUCCAAAGCCGCCCACUCCACCAGGACGCCUGCUGCAGCCGCCUCUCCGGGCUCCCUGCAGCGCUCCCGCAGCGACGUGGACGUCAACGCGGCGGCCAGCGCCAGCGCCCGCACCCGUAUGCCAGCUGUGCCCUCUGCUGUGCCCCCCUCCGCUUCACCCUUUAGCUCCGCCUCCGCACUUCCCCCUGGAUCCUACGCUUCACUAGGCCGAGUGCGAACCAGGAGACAGAGUUCAGGAAACAGCCCGUCGGUGACGGACAGCAGGGGGCGGAGCCGAGGCAAAGUCGUUUCCCAGUCCCAACCUGGCAGUCGGUCUGGCUCGCCAGGCAGGCUCCUGAGCUCCACCUACGGCAGGAUCCCCAGGCCAACCAUGGGCACCGCCGCCGCCGCUGCCGCCAGCUCAAACAACUCCACCAGCCUGACGGACAAGACGAGGCCUCGAGGUCCCCGGAGCCAGGGCUGCAGCCGGGAGACCAGCCCCACCAGAUCUGGCAUGGCCCGGAGCCGAAUCCCCCGACCCAGCAUGAGUCAGGGCUGCAGCCGCGACACCAGUCGCGAGAGCAGCCGUGACACCAGCCCCGCCAGGGGCUUCUCCCCCCUGGACCGGCUGUCACACCAGGCUCGCAUCUCCGCCUCCGUCAACGCCAUGAGAAUCCUCAACACCGGCACCGAGGUCGAGGCUGCUGUGGCCGAUGCCCUGCUGUUAGGAGACUCCAGGAGUAAGCGGAGGCCGGUGAGGCGGCGCUUUGAGUCUCCAGGCAUGUACUCGGACGACGACGCCAACAGCGACGCCUCCAGCGCCUGCUCGGAGCGCUCGUACAGCUCGCGCAACGGCGGCAUGGCGCCACACUACCUGCGUCAGACGGAGGACGUGGCCGAGGUGCUGAACCACUGCGCCAGCGCCAACUGGUCAGAGCGCAAGGAGGGGCUGCUGGGUCUGCAGAACCUGCUGAAGAGCCAGAGGAUGCUCAGUCGUGUGGAGCUGAAGAGGUUGUGUGAGAUUUUCACCAGGAUGUUUGCUGACCCACACAGCAAGAGAGUCUUCAGCAUGUUCCUGGAGACUCUGGUGGACUUCAUCACGCUCCACAGGGAAGACCUGCAGGACUGGCUGUUCGUCCUGCUCACUCAGCUGCUGAAGAAGAUGGGGGCUGACCUGCUGGGCUCCGUCCAGGCCAAAGUCCAGAAGGCCCUGGACGUCACCAGGGAGUCCUUCCCGUUUGAGCAGCAGUUCAACAUCCUGAUGCGCUUCAUCGUGGAUCAGACGCAGACGCCCAACCUCAAGGUGAAGGUGGCCAUCCUGCGCUACAUCGAGGCCUUGGCUCGGCAGAUGGACCCGGCCGACUUUGUCAACUCCAGCGAGACGCGCCUCGCCGUGUCCCGCAUCAUCACCUGGACCACCGAGCCGAAGAGCUCCGAUGUCCGCAAGACCCUCCAUAACUGGUCAGGGGAGGAUUUCUCAGGCCGACCCAGCACCGUGGCCUCUCUGCCUGGAGAGGGCAACCUGGAGGAGAGGUGCAAGCAGGCAGCCCAGGUGGUGCUCAUCGCCCUGUUUGAGCUCAACACCCCGGAGUUCACCAUGCUGCUUGGUGCUCUGCCCAAAACCUUCCAGGACGGCACCACCAAGCUGCUGCACAACCACCUGAGGAACACCAGUGCCAACAGCGGCAUGGCGUCUCCCAGUAAUUCGUCAGGACGGACGCCCCCGCGGCAGCCCAGCAGUCGCAGCAGCCCGCUGACGUCACCCACCAACUGCUCCCAUGGGGGCCUUUCUCCCAGCCUGCUGGAGUAUGACAGUGAAAACCUGAACUCGGAGGAGAUCUACAGCUCCCUGCGCGGCGUCACCGAGGCCAUCCAGAACUUCAGCUUCCGCAGCCAAGAGGACCUGAUGGACCCGCUGCGACGGGACGGCAAGAGGGAGGCCAUGGCGGGAGUCGGGGCGUCGUCAGACUCGGAUCCUCGGCUCGGCGGCGAUGUGGUGGAAGGGGGACGGACGGCUCUGGACAACAAGACCUCGCUGCUGAACACGCCUUCGCCGCGCUCCUUCUCCGGCCCGCGCUUCCGGGACUACAACCCGUACAACUACACAGACAGCAUCAGCGCCCUGGACAAAGCUGCGCUGAAGGAGGUGCUGUAUGAAGACGCCGUGGAGCAGCUCCGAGACGGUCGCCGACAAGAAUGCGUCGAAAACAAGAUCCUGAACCCCAAGAGCUUCCCUGCAGGCCCCGCCGAGCAGCUGGAGCUGGUCGGGGAGCUGCUGAAGGAGCUGUCCCAGGGCCAGGCUGGGGAGCGGGGGGCCGAGGAGCGACGUGCGGCCCUGCUGGAGCUGCUGAAGGUGGCCAGAGAGGACAGCCUGGUCGUCUGGGAGGAGCACUUCAAGACCAUGCUGCUGCUGCUGCUGGAGACGCUGGGAGACAAAGAUCACACCAUCCGGGCUCUGGCCCUGCGAGUGCUGAAGGAGAUCCUGAGGAACCAGCCCGCCCGCUUCAAGAACUACGCUGAGCUCACCAUCAUGAAGACCCUGGAGGCCCACAAAGACUCGCACAAGGAGGUGGUGCGGGCGGCGGAGGAGGCGGCCUCCACGCUGGCGGGGUCCAUCCACCCGGAGCAGUGCAUCAAGGUGCUCUGCCCCAUCGUGCAGACGGCCGACUAUCCCAUCAACCUGGCCGCCAUCAAGAUGCAGACGAGGGCCAUCGAGCGCAUCGCCAAGGACUCCCUCCAUCAGCUGCUACCUGACAUCAUACCUGGACUUCUGCAGGGAUACGACAACACAGAGAGCAGUGUGAGGAAGGCCAGUGUCUUCUGCCUGGUGGCCAUCUACUCUGUGAUCGGAGAGGAGCUCAAACCCUACCUGGUCCAGCUCACAGGCAGCAAGAUGAAGCUCCUCAACCUGUACAUCAAGAGGGCCCAGACCUCCACCAGCAACAGCAGCUCCUCCUCCGACAUCUCCUCCUACUAGGUGUUAUGUGCGCCGUCGCCAUAACGCAAAAACACCAUUUCAUUCCACUGGCUGAUGAUGGAUCUGAGAUCGUCUCGAUGAACUGAUGGGAUCAUAGCUUUUUGAAAUGUUUUUGUGAGAUCAGGCCCUGCACCUGAAAAUGAAAAAUUCUCCUGCUAGCCCCCCUUAUACCACCGCCACCACCCUCGGUUUUCAAAGUCAUCACAAUAAAAAGAGCGUUUCAUUCCACCGGUUGAUGAUGGAGUUGAGGUCAUCAUGGCUAUCAUGGCUACCCUCUUAACCCCACCCGCCUUAAUUCUCAGUUUCCAAAACGAGAUAGCAAGUAGACCAUCGUCUUCAAUUUCAAUUUGGAACUAAAGUUACCUUGAACAGUUUUGGGAUCUUAGGUGAUUCUGGCAGCUGAGAUGUUUUCGACAAACCAGGCCACGUCUGAGACGAUGUUGUCUUCGCUUUCCUCCACACCUCGACCCCACUCUGUCACAGUCAUGAUAGCAUGAAGACCGUCUCCUUCCAUCGAUGAUCUUGGACUCUGAGGUGUUUCUGAGAAGCCAGGGCCUCUUCCUGAAACAGACGUCCCAUCCCACGACUGCCCUCAGUUUGCAAAGUCACCGUAGUAAAAGACUAUCUUCUGUUGGUCUGAGGAACUGAGGUGACCUUGGAAACGUGAGAUGUUUCGGAAAAGUCGGAAAGGCCCUGGUCCUGAAACAUCGUCUUUCUCCGAGUUCCUCCAUGCUUCCCCGUCUUCAGUUUUCAUAGUAAUCAUAGCAUCAGGACUUUGAAAAUCUGCUUCCGUCGACAUCUGAAGGAACCGAGGUGAGUUUGGACGUUGAGGUGAUCCUGGACGAUGUGUAAACGCCUGACGAGGACCAUGCAGAGAGAAACCGCAGUGUGCCUCUCUCUCUGUCUGCUUCGUAGAUCUUCCCGUUACAUUUCCCUCCCACCUUGACGGCUGCAUUCCUCAACGGUGGAGGAACCCACCCCUUCCAUGUGGCUACCAGUAUUCUUCUUUCUGUUCGUUUGUAGUACCUUAAAUCUUUGAAGAAUUUUUUUUUCUUUGCUUUGACACAUCAUACCUUAUAGUAUAUUGAAUGUAAAGAGCUUUGAAUGACAGUGGAUUUCACACAUUUCGUUUCCUACCUAAACUACUGCCUCAUUGCAUCUUGGUGGAUCAAUCUUAAAGUCGUGGAUGAUGUGCAUUUGAUUAGUAUUGUGCCAUAUUGGGCAAGUUAGUGUGUUUUUGAAGGCUACAUUCAUGGGUCCAUCUGAACGUUAAUACACUUAGAGAAGGUGGGCUUGGGUUUCACAUGUAAAGCAUUUUAGUAGAAUCAAAAGUGAGUCCAAAAGUAGAAUCAACUACUUUUGCAUUCAUUAUUAAGUAGCUGUUACCUGCCAAAAGUGUGUAAUUGAAGUUGAUUUCAGUUAAGUUAAAUUAAUGAUCAUUUGGCUGGCCAAUGAUUUAGUUGAAGGAAAAUAAAAAUGAUUAUAAUAAAAUAAAGUAAAACUUUAUUGUUUGGGCCCAUCUACCAGCAGAGGAUAUUGCUGUUGUUCAAUAAAAAAACAUGCAUCUUUAAAAAAAAACGUUUCUCAAGGGUGAAGGAACGAAUGGCUACCCUCACGUUUAUAUAUAUUUUUAAAUCACACAAAGGGUUUUUUGACAGGUUUCAAACGGCCCACAGGUCACAACUCAACGGAAAUAACCAUGCAAAUUCUUUAAUAAGAAAAAAAAGAACCACUGAAAUUAGUUUUGUUUUGUUUGUUUUUUUUAGCAGUGAUAUACUGAGUUGCCGUUUUCCGAGGGAUUGAAGUGAAAAGGCCCAGCUCUGUGGAAACGGGGAGUGUAUCGGUGGGAACGUCUGCUGUCUUAAAGGCUUGGGCAUUCACAAGCUGUCGAGUAAAGACUACUGUGAUUUGUUGAGUUUCAUUCCAAAAUACUAUACAGUAUGUCCAAAAUACUGUAAUAUUUGUGUUACAUUGACAAUGAAAAAUCAAAAGGUCAGCCAGUUUCUCAAAAAAAAAAAAAAAAAAGACAUCAAAUCUUAAUUGAUGACAAUGUUGUUAGUGAUCUAACAAUUUAUAAAUUAUUUCAAGUGCACAUUUUUAAUGCUGACAGGCAGUUGUUUACAGUAUUUUUUUUUUUCUUUUAAAUAACAGUUUAAUUUAGUGUUUUGGAAAGAAACUCCUGUAUCCUUAUCACUCCUAAAUUGAAUGUAAAUCACUCUAAAGAGAGUUUCUGACCUUUCAAUGUGAAUUGUUGUGCUUACGCUUCCAAGAAGGCAAAUGGGCAAUACUUUAAUCGAACAGAGACAAUCUGAAGAUUUAGAUGCUAUGAACAAGGAAUAAAAAAAAAUAAAAAAAAAGCAAUGACAAUGUUGAUUGACAAAUUGU